GAAGAUCCAUCAGCUCAUUAUUCCGCAAGAAAGACAACAGCAAGAUGUAUGGAUUGAUCUGCUCUUUUGCACUUCUCUGGGCAACCCCUGCCCAUUGCUUUGUUCUUCCUUUGAGCCGCCAUGACGUGCAAUUGCCAGGAGAGACCUCGCCCCUGUCAUCCAACCGAUUUGCCAGUGUUACAUCCGAAGACAAUGACGCCAACACCUCGCCAAUGCGAUUGCCUCCUGGAAGAAGGACCCCUCGCUUCAUUUCCUUCCUGUUUGAUGAUUCCCUGCGACUAUUAAACCCCAAGACAAUGGGUUCCUACCAGACCAGGCGCACCAACCAGUAUGGAGAUAUCUUCAAGACAAACAUCUUUGGCAAACCGACUGUCUUUGUCACCAGCGAAGAAACAUUGACACUGAUGGGCAAGGAAGAGGGUCGUACCAGGUCAACCAAAGGCACCGAAGCCUUCUUUCCGCCCCAUCAUCAAUCGUUGUUUGGACCCAACUCGCUCCUUGUGCAGUCGGGAGAGGCCCAUGAUCAGUUGCGCCGAUUGAUUCAACCCAGUUUGUCGCUAAACUUGAUGACAACUGUCUACGAACCCAUCAUUGAUCAAGCCAUGGACGAAUUUCUCAAUACUCUUUCCACUGUUGAAAAAACCAUCGAUGAGGAUGGACACUUUGAGUUGGUUCCGCAUCUGAGGUCCUUCUUCAUUUCCAUUGCCCUUCAAAUUCUCUUGGGGAAAUCCAGCAAAGUACCACCCGGUCUCGCGGAAGACUUGACCACUUGGAGCAAAGGGCUCCUGGCGGCACCAUUGACAUUCAUUCCUUGGUCUACCGCCGCCAAGGCGAUGAGAGCCCGCGAACGGAUUGUUGCCACCAUGACUCCCUUGAUGGAACAAGCGCGUGCAUCCAAAGGAGAUGACUCCUUGCUGGGACGUUUGGUGUCCACAGUGGACGAAGAAACAGGGAAACAACUGUCGGACCAAGAAAUUAUGGACAAUGUGCUGACACUGGUUUUCGCAGGGUCAGAUGCUAGUGCUGCGACAUCCAUGUGGUUGACCUUGUCACUGCACCCCCAACUCAAGGAAACUCUAAAGAAGGGUCCUCAGGAAGUGGAGCGCUUUGUCGACCUUGUGUUGCAAGCAUAUCCGCCGGCUCCCUUUAGUAUGAGACUGACCAAGCAACAACUUACAAUCCGCGACUACGACAUUCCAGCUGGUUGGCUGGUAGUCUAUGGCUUUGCGGGGGCCUUGGCUUCAAAACAUGACAAAAACACUUGCUGGGAUACAUUUGCAUCAGAGGCUUCAGGAGAGAAAGAUGCUGUGGUCAGUGGUUCCGCUGCCUUUGGAACUGGGCCACGCAUGUGUCCAGGUCGUUACUUGGCUGCCUUGGAGCUCAAGACCAUGUGCGGAAAGCUUGUAGAGAAGUAUGAUUGGAAGCUCCGAGAAGACCAGAACCUGAAGCAAAGCUACACACCUGGAUUCUUUCCUAGGGAUGGCCUGCAGAUUAGAUUUGGGUGAUAUCUAUGCUAGUGUGCGCGAGGAUACAUUGAUAAGAUCUGGUACUAGUUUGCAAGUUACGCUUUCU